AUGACGGAGGUGACGUCUUGUUGUUUCUCAACGACCUCGAAGAAGGUCUGGAAGGAGACCCACCCCGUGAACCCUACCUCCCGCAAAUCAUCCCGACCUCGCGUCCCUCCCGUGCGCCGCCAGGCCGCCCUCACUUCCGAGCGCGCUACCACCAGCCUCCUCCCCACCACGCCACCAACCGGCCUCCUUCCAGCGUGCCUCCGGCCAGCCUCUCCCCGAGCGCGUCGCUGCCUGGCCUCCUCCCCGAGCGCGCCGCUGACGGGCCUCCUCCCCGAGCGCGCCGCCUCCGGGCCUCCUUCCCACCACGCCGCCGCCCGGCCUCCUCCCCACAGCGCCGCCGCCCUACCUCCUCCCCACCGCGCUGCCGCCCGGCCUCCUCCAAGCGCGCCUACAGGCGGCCUCUCCCCCACCGCGCCGCCGCCAGGCCUUCUCCCAACCACGCCACGCUGGCUGGCUUCUCCCCGAGCGUGCCGCCUCCCGGCCUUCUCCCCAUCGCCGGCAGCUUCUUCGUGCUUCUUCGGCCACCUCCCUUCCUCCAACCUCCCGCAUCUCGCACUGCCCACAGAACAAUGCCAUCUCGCGGUGGGGAUCCGCCGCCGGAGCGCCCUGUCCAUUCACAGCCACCACUCCAGGCCGUUCAACUCCACCACCCGAACCGAUUCACCACCUCCUUCCGCUGCCCCUCCUAUGUUUGUUGGUGUAGCCAGCGGCGCUCUGCCCCUCUUUUGCUUACCCUGUCCAUCUCCGCAACUCCUCGCAGUAUUCGGCUGGAUCAUGCUGGAGAUUCCUCACAAACUGCCUGUGUUUGUAAAUUGUGAUUUGUUGUGGUCAGGGCAUGACGAGGAUACUACUGACAUUGAUCCCACACUUCCGGGAGGUUGUUCUGACGGCCUUCGAGUGACUACAUAGCAGUGAAAGGGACGGUGGCAUGAAGCAGUUGAGUAGGUGUGCGUGGUGAGCAGCUACUGAACUUAUUCAGACACUACAAAAUGUAGUCCCACACAGCCUCUCAACACCACUUCUUGAACCUGCUUGAACCUUCAUGGCCCAGGCCGUUCACUGCCUCCACACAAGGCCGUUCGAUGACGCAACGCUCAAGCCGAUCACCCUUGCCAGCACCCUAGACUCCCAUGAAAUAUCUAGUCAAAAAAAGGUUGAUCGUAAGUGCAAGUACACUACACACGCUGAGCUGCAACGGGACACGGUGACAUCACUUCUUUUGGGUUGUUUUCUGUAUGAAUCUGCAUUUUUGUUAUUAAAUUCAGUACAACAGAACACAUGAAUCUCCAGCGGGUACCAAAUUACUGAUUCCUUAAAACAAUUAAUAGAUUGCACCAUUGGUUGGUCUACUUGUGUAAAUCUGUCAGUUCAUGACAAGUAACUUCUGAUGCUAGAAAUGCAGGAUGUUUGUGUGAAUCUUGCUUGUUUCAGAGAGAAAAAGAGUUGGUACUUGCAUCACAUGGUGUACUGAACAAACAUACGCAUUCACAUAAACAUGCUAACAACUCCUCUUGCUAUACUCAUGCUUGUACUUGUUUAUUUUUCUUGUUUGGGAAAUGAUUUCCUAUCCUCAUAACAGCUUUUCUCAAAUUUCAUUUAAUUUAGUUUCAAAUUAAACCAGAGCUAAUGCAUAAAUGUCAUUGGGUGAGGUUGCUAGGAAGAUUUGCAGUAGAGAAUGCUUUGUUGGAAAAGCUUCUAUUGGUAUUAUUAACAACAAAACUCUCGGUGGACAUAGACCGUAAAUCUUGAGACUAUUUUCACCAUUUUUUGCCCUUUGGUGUUUGGAAAUUCUAAGUUUUGUUGAUUUCAACUUGAUGAAUAUAAAGAUAUAUGCCAUGAGUUUUAGAUUAUAUCUCUGCUGUUGUAAUUGCUUGUUGGUGUUUAUUAGUAGAUAUACAUGUAUGAGUUCACUCCUGACUAUUGUAAUAAAGUUUUUUAGGAUUUGGAAGUAUCUAGUCUGGAUUGGCAGUGUAAAAACCAUAUAUAAAAUGUCGUGUUGCAUGCUAGCAGAAAUCUGAAAAUAAACUCAGCAUAGUUCCUAUAUUUUAUUCAAGUUCAAAGCUAAACAUUUCUAACAGCUUAUCGCUCCUUGCAGGAUACACACUAUUCAUUGCAUUUGUCAUCGAGCGAUUGCACCACUCUCUUCAGAAGCUCAUCACCCCGAGGAAAUCAGCCAACACCUCCCAGAGAGGAGCUUGUAAUUUUCGAAAUGGAGUUCAAACGUGAAUUUGAGAAAAUGAUUCCUCGGCUAAGUUCGAAAAAUGUCAUUCUGUGAAGUUCGCCUAUUCAGCCAUGGACUAGUCAAUGGUAGAGUAGCAAUUUUGUUUCUUUUGUACAUACAUGAAUUGAAUGUAAUCAACGAAAAGAAACAUAUGUUGAUUCUCCAAGUUAGAGUUCAUUUUUAUUUUCUUA